AUGGAAGCCAUGAUUCAACAAAUUCCAGAGAUUUCCAAAAAUGAUUCUUCAUGUGGUUUCAAGGAAACUCAAUGGAUGAAAAUUGAUAAAUCAGAGGCUCCAAAUAAAUAUAUUGAAUAUGUAGAUGAAAUAACAAAACAAGAUCAGAUUAUCGCUCAUACUAGAUAUUCAACAAGACAACUAAGAUUACAACCAGGUAAUAAAGUUAUUGACGUUGGAUGUGGUGCAGGAAAGGAUCUUUCUAGAUUGGAAUCAAUGGUAGAAAGCAAUGGACAAGUAUGUGGAAUUGAUUUAUCAAGAGAGAUGGUUGAAUGUGCAAAAAGUAGAAUGAAUCAUCUUCCAAAUGUAACUGUAUUUUGUGCUAAUGCCAGUAUGAUUCCAAUUGAAUCAAAUUAUUUCGAUGCGAGUAGAUGUGAAAGAUUAUUACAACAUAUUCCAGAGCCAGCAGAGGUUGUAUCGGAAAUGGUUAGAAUUACUAGAAGUGGAGGUAGAAUUGUUAUUACCGAUGUUGAUUGGUGGUCUUCAACGAUCUCUGUGCCAAGAUCAGUUGAUAGAAUCAACAGUAUCAUUAUAAAGGAUGUAGUGUUUAAUCAACAUCCAUCGAUUGGACUCAACCUUCGUGGUCUUAUGUCAAAGAAUACCAACAUUGAAGAGAUUGAAAUAUUCGCUCAGUGUAUGUACACUGAUAGUCUAACCGUUGCCGAUGACUUGUUAUGGCUUGGCGAAAGAGGUAAAAUGGCCGUUCAACAGGGUUUGAUCACCGAAGAAGAAUACAACCAAUGGAGAGAGACUAUAGAAGAGAUGGAAGAGAAUGGUUCAUUUGUUUUUACAAUUAAUAUAUUUACCGUUAGUGGUACUAUUAAUAAGAAACAAUAA